CCCCGCCCCACAAGCCCUUCCGAUUGGCUAGAGGAAGCGGAACGAAGAACUUGCGACUCCUGGUGUCGAGCCGAGCGGUGUGCAGCGACGGACCCGUUCCGCUUGUGUGCGUCCCAGAGAAGCAUGCUCUUGCAUCGCCUGCAAAGACUCCGGGUCUAAGUUUCUUCUCUGUGAGCAUGCCAAAAGCAGCAAAGGGAAAAGGAGGAGCAGGAGGAGGAGGAGGGCGAGAGAAGAAAGCCAUCCAUCCUUACAGCAGAAAAGCUGCUCAACUUACAAAAGAAGUGCACAAACAAGACAAAAAGGAAAAGUUGAAAAAUGAGAAGGCCUUCCGUCUCAGUGUUGUAGGUGAAAAACUGCUUUGGUUUCAAAGUCACCUUGAUCCCAACAAAGAAGAGUACACAAAACAAGAUGCCUGUGAACUAGCAGAAAAAUAUUUGCAUCGAUUCAUUGAUGAGUUGGAGCAGAUUGAACUGCGUAACAGCAUUAAAGGGAGGCAGGCAAGACAGCACAGUUCCAGGGAGACAGUCAUUAAACAGACCAUGGAACGUGAAAGGCUGCUGUAUGAAGGAUAUGGGCUAGAUAUCCCAGACAUUGUGAAUUGUAAGCAUCUUAAAACUUUCAGAGACUGGGAUGGUGAUCUGAAGAAGCUACCUAACAUUAAAAUGAGAAAGCUAUCCAGUAAAGAUGCCCUUAGUAGUAAGAUGGAGAAGGGGGCUUUUGAAGCUGAAAAGGACUUGUGUGCAGCAAAGGACAUGGACUAAUGAGCUCUUGCUCAUAUGGCAGAUGACAGCUGAAGCGGAUCGCCAAGUUGCUCUUUUAGUUAACAAUGGGAGCAAGACUGAACUUCAUUUUUAAACCAACAAGAGAAGAACAAGCAUUCUGGCUGCAUGCCUAGUAUUGAAUUUUGACUGUCAGUUUAUAGGGUAAGACCUUGGCAUGUUAUAAAACUCCAUAAAGGAGUUUCUUCCUUUAUUUCCAACUCCAUAAAGGAAACAACCUUUAAGAAUAAUCCAACUCUGAUCAUGUUGCAUUCGUGUAGUGGGGAUGGGUGGGAGGGAGCUGACCCCCUCCCUCCCCAAAUGGCUUCUUCCCAGCUGCUUUUCUCCCAUAGGAGGGUUACUUCUGGAGUCCAUUGGCAGAAAGGCAACUAGGGUAAAACAGUUCUGGAGCUAAAAUGGCCUGAGAAGGGUUCAGUUCCCUCUGCCCCUCUUUGUUCAUGCAGUGUUUUAGAUGCUCCCCCUGUAUAUGGAUUUGGUGGUAGCAUAACACUUGCACACAAAUAUGUUGUCCUGAUGUCUAUUCUCCAUUUUAAGCUGGACCAGCCUCAAUAGGUUUUCGAGGGGUGGGGUGGAUAGAGUUAGCAAUAGUUGCAUUGCAGCUGUAGUAUAUUAUGGUGGCACACAGUGCAUUCUUGAGAGUGCCACAACUACUGUUGCUAUCUUCUUUUCACUCCUUCUCCCUCCCCUUUUGGACAAAGUGCUAACUAUAUAUUCUGGCUGCUAAAAAUGUUUGAUCUGAUGAAGGUGAGAGCAGUUGUAGGCCAGCCACUCCCGUGCUCUCCUUGAAAGAUGUCUCAGGUGCACGGAAUUUUUUUUUUAGUGUGCUGAGGCCAGGACACAUAAGCUAACUGCUUGUAAUCUGAUAACAUGUAUUCUGUCAACUCUUUCUAGGUUUUGUAUAUUUGGCUACAUUUCCUUUGCAAUAAAGGAAAUGCUAUAUACUAUCCUUGAACCAGGAUAGUGGGAGAGAGGGUACAAGUCUGGAGAGAACAUAAAGUGCUGUUUCACUCUUUUACAAUUCAUAGUACAUAGUGAACAUAGUAAUAGUUCACAGUACUGUUAUUCGCCAGCUUAAAUUUUAAUUGUACUCCAAAUGAAAUUUUCAUCCUUCAGAAUAAAUUCCAUUGGCAAACAACAUAUUUUCCCCAAUUUACAAUAGUGAAGUGCUUUGUGUACACUUCUUGCCAUUUGUGUAAAGUAUAAGAGCAUCCUGGUGACAUUUAGCCAAGGAAGGAAGAUUUAUUGAAUGAAGGAAGAAGUUAAGAUUGGAGAAAAUAGAAUGAAUAUAAGAUUGUAUCAUUUUUAGAUCAUUUUCUUAGUGGGUAGAAAAAAAGGCAAAAAAUACGUGCUAAAUGAACAUAGUUUGUUGAUGUACAAGAUGAACCGCAUCAUAAUGUGUACACAUUGCUUCCAGAAACCCUGUCAGAAAUGUAUGUGUUGCAGAGUUGUAACAAACUGUUGUUUGUAACAAAAUUUAUUAUUCCUUAGAGCCGGAUUUUGAAAAGUACAUUUUUAUGCUAAGUUUAACCCUGACAGGUUCAAUUGUUCUUGGAAUAACAUGUUAAUCACUAUUGUAUUAUUAAUUCUCACACUGUAGUCUUCUCCAAAUAAAUGCUUACUUCAGUGCUGUUAGUGA